AGGUCCUAGCUCUGUUUUCUGUUCAGCGUGUCCUCCUCUCCAGGCCUUUGGCACUCGCCAUGUGCUGCGUCUGACGUCUUUGUCAGCUGCGAAUAGAUCAUAGACGCCACCAGAGAAGCACAGUAGAAGCAUGAGCAUCAGCAGAAGCAGCAGCUUGUUCCGGGAAUUACACGCCCAAUCUGAUCUACAUUGCGACCACUUUUUUAUCCAUCGGUAAAUGGACGCCAAGGCCUAGACUCAAUGUGGGGGAGUCCUCCACAACUGUUUUUUGCAAUCCGUAUUUCUCAUACAACACCAAACUUCACCAUGGGCUCCGCCAUAUCCAGAUGCAACUCCAACUCCAGGAGCAACAGCCAUGGCCACGGCACUGGCCCAGGAAUCUCUGAGAUGGGCCAGAAGAUUUUCGAGAGACAGCCAAAUUGGCUCACCCCACCGUCUAAAUGGCGCUCUCACCACUGCUCCCACCAGCCAGUGCGCUAUCGCACCCCCACCCCAUACCCCAAGGACGACAGGAAACGCUGCGACUAUACGCUUCUCCACGAAAAGAACAUGAUCAUCGAGACGCCAGUUGCGGACCAUAUUGAAGUCAAGAAACCCUCCCAGAAGCACCCGGCCAUGGUGCACUCGCGCCACGGACAACAGUUGCCCCCCAACAGCACCCUCACUAUUACCUGGGAAAGCCACCCCCGUCUGAACCGCUUUGAGCGUGCCUCGUGA